UCUGCUCAUAACCCAGAAGAAACUCAAUUCUCUUCUCUUCUCCUUUCUCAUAUUCCUUUUGUUCAGCAGAGACAUGGACAAGCUCAUUCAUCUGAUCUUACUCUCUGGUCUCGUCUCCAUUGCAGAUAGUUUAGAAGAUAAUUUAGCAUUGAAUGGAACAACUACACAGUCCUCCACAUAUUCUACCUGGGCAGCUCCACAUGCCAUAGAUGGUGUCAGAUACGGCCCACAUGCUUCUACAUACUGCUCUUCUACAUCAUAUGAUAGUGACCCAUGGUGGAGGUUGGAUCUCUUGGAUGUUUAUAAUAUUAGUACAGUGAUCAUCAGUGCUAGAUCCUUUGGAUAUUUUGCUGAAACCAGUGGAGCAGAGAUUCGUAUUGGAAACUCACUGGACAACAAUGGAAACAACAAUCCCAUAUGUGCUGUAACUUCUGUUCUUCAGUUUGGUCAAACCAUCAGUUACUCAUGUGGUGUAAUGGAGGGACGUUAUGUGAAUGUGGUCAUGUCUGGCCGUACAACUCAUCUCUCUGUGUGUGAAGUUGAAGUCUAUGAAACGGAGAAUCUAGCAUCGAAAGGAACAGUUGCACGCUCAUCCACAUAUUCUACCUGGGCAGCUCCACAUGCCAUAGAUGGUGUCAGAUACGGCACAGAUAAUGGUGCAUUCUGCUCUGCUACAACAUCUGAAAGUGACCCAUGGUGGAGGUUGGAUCUCUUGGAUAUUUAUAAGAUCAGUACAGUGAUCAUCACCGCUAAAUCAGACGGAUCUCCUGACUUUACCAGUGGAGCCUGGAUUCGUAUUGGAAACUCACUGGAAAACAAUGGAAACAACAAUCCCAUAUGUGCUGUAACACCUGAUCCUCUACCUGGUCACACCGUCAGUUACUCAUGUCAUGGGAUGGAGGGACGUUAUGUGAAUGUGGUCAUGACUGGACGAACAUCUACUCUCACUCUGUGUGAAGUGGAGGUCUAUGGAACAGAGAAUUUAGCAGUUAAAGGAACAGUGACACAGUCAUCCAUACGAUCCAGCUGGUUUAGUCAACAUGCCAUAGAUGGUGUCAGACAUGGACCAGACCCAGAUACUGUUACAUACUGAUCUGCUACAACAUCUGAUAGUGACCCAUGGUGGAGGUUGGAUCUUCAGGAUUAUUAUGAAAUAAAUACAGUAAUCAUCACUGCUCACGACAGAUAUUUGAAUGAAGCCAACGGAGCAGAGAUUCGUAUUGGAAACUCACUGGAGAACAAUGGAAACAACAAUCCCAUAUGUGCUGUAACUCCUGAUCUUCUAGCUGGUCACACCAUCACUUACUCAUGUCAUGGGAUGGAGGGACGUUAUGUGAAUGUGGUCAUGACUGGACGUACAUCUCAUCUCGCUCUGUGUGAAGUGGAGGUCUAUGGAACGGUUCACAGAAAAAGAACCUUUCUGAGGCUGAAAUUCUCCUCCAGUGUUGAUGCAGCUGCUGAGAGCGACGAAAUCCUCCAUCAGCUGCAGUCUGCUCUGGGACUAAACGUCUCUGAUUUUAAUCUGACCUGGACACAACUACCUGAGAAAGAAGAGGAACAGGACUAACAGAAGGCGGACUAAGGCAAGUAUUGU